AUGAGAAUCCUGUUUGUACUUGUCCUGUUGAUUGCUGCCGUCGCCGCAGUGCCUCAGUUCGGUUUCGGAGGUGGCUUCGGACGACGAUUCCGUGGCGGCGGAUUUCACAAAGGUGGCGGCGGCGGUGGUCGCGGCGGCUCUUCCUCUGCUGCAGCCGCGUCCAGUGCAGCGGCCGCCGGCAAUGGAGCUGCUUCAGCUUCGGCCUCCGCGUCUGCUUCUGCUUCAGGUGGCGGUCGCGGCCGUGGCUGA